UAAAACAUAUACUCUUCCAUGUUGUAACAAUUUGCUGUAUAUUAUAAAUUACAUAAAACAUUAAUGGAGAGAAUGCAAAAGAGAUUUGAUAUGAUAUGUUUGUAAAUUCAGUUUUUAACAAUAGUAUUGCACAUAUUUACAAAGUAUAAAUUAUAAAACAAGUGCCGGUACAUACUUAUAAAAAUACCUAAACAUUUUUUUUAAAUAAACAACCGUACAAUUUAAAUUAGAAAAAUAUAUUUUGCACAUUAUACUGUUUUUUUUGUGUCAAAAAACUAGAUUGAUGACACUACUCAAGAGUAAAUUAAGACUUAGUAUUGAACAUCAGAUAGUUAGAAAUUGAUAAAAAGCUUGUGUGAAAAAAGGGGAGGGAAAUGCAGAGUCAUCUGUUAAUUAUCAACAGGGACAAGCAAGGGGUUGUGACGAAAAUAAAAAAGAUCGCAGUUUGAGUGGAGUUCACACGCUAACUACACGUCUAUCAACAUGUGCUCCCUGACGGUGCCGCCACCAAACAAUCUGCGGACCCCCCUGACGGUUCCGCAGCGUUACAUGUUUGGACCGGGACCAUCCAACGUCCCGCCACGCAUCUUGCAAGCCGGAGCCAAUCCAGUCAUCGGACACAUGCAUCCGGAGACUUUUGAGUUAAUGGCUGACAUCCGGAGCGGAAUACGGUACAUGUUCCAGACUGGAAACCAGGUGACUUUUGCGGUGAGCGGCACGGGCCACGCCGCCAUGGAGUGUGCUGUUUUUAAUGCCGUGGAGGCCGGCGACGUUGUGCUGGUUGCAGUUAACGGCAUCUGGGGAGAGCGGCUUGCGGCCAUGGCAGAACGGAUAGGUGCUCAGGUGAACACUAUUGUAACGUCCCCUGGUGGAGUCUUCACAAAUGCGGAAAUUGAGCAGGCGUUAUCCAAACACAGGCCUGCUCUGUUUUUCCUGGCACAUGGUGAAUCGUCCACAGGUGUUCUACACCCACUGGAUGGAAUCGGACAACUGUGUCAUAAAUAUGACUGUUUGUUCUUGGUGGACUCUGUGGCUUCAAUGGGCGGAGUUCCAGUAUAUAUGGACCAGCAAGAGAUCGACAUCCUGUACACGGGUUCUCAGAAGGUUCUGAACGCCCCACCUGGAACUGCACCCAUCUCCUUUAGUGAGCGGGCUUGUCGGAAAAUAUUCAACCGCAGAACAAAGCCUGUGUCAUUCUUCUUGGAUCUGUCCUGGCUGUCCAACUACUGGGGAUGCGACGGAAAAGACACGCGAAUGUACCAUCACACGGGCCCUGUCUCAGCUUUCUACUCCCUCAGGGAGAGCUUGGCCGUCCUAGUGGAGGAGGGUUUGGAACAUUCUUGGGAGAGACACAGGAAAGUGGCCGAGUAUUUCCAUGCAGGUCUCGAGCGUAUGGGACUCAAACUCUUCGUUGAGGAUAAGGCAUUGAGAUUACCAACCGUGACAACAAUCGUGGUUCCGCACGGAUACGACUGGAAGGAGAUCACGGCCUAUGUCAUGAAGACGCACAACCUGGAGAUUACAGGGGGCCUGGGACCCUCCGCUGGCAUGGUGCUUCGUGUUGGUCUGAUGGGAUGCAACAGCACCAUUUCCAGUGCUGACAUGGUGCUGGCGGCUCUGAGGGAUGCGCUGACGCACUGUCACAAGAGCAAAGUCUGACUUGCUAUCGCUGACAAUUUCAGAUUUUUUCUGACAAACAGUUAAUCUUGUAUAAUAAAGUUAUUUUAAAAUGAAUGAUAAAAACCUGUCAAUGCUGUUAUUACAGGAACUACUUGUGCAGUGAACUACUUACAGACAGAUGAUAAGUGAAAAUGAGCAAGAAAGACCCCUAAUUUAAAAAAAAUUAUUGAAUAGUUUUAGC